GUGUGAAGUCAGUGUUGCUUCGUGAUGCAACAUGUGGCGUUGAGGAAAGGAUUCAAAUCGCCCUGCGUGAAGAGGAAAAGAGAGAGGAGGACAUGUGGUAGUGAGGAAGAAACUAGAAAUCACUUGACGUCUCGAGACACUUCGUUGUUCGUUAUCGCAGAACUUCCAAAUAUUCGGAACCUUUGCCUUUCUGAUCUGUUAAUUUCUGCAAGAACUUCAAUCGAAAAUAAGUGUGCGGGUAAACAGGAAAAGCUAUAGAAAGUCAAAAAAACUAGUAUGACAUUGAACACAAAGAAGGGUCAACUGAUAAGAUUCUCAUUUUUCUAAAAAGAAUAAGAAGGUGGAUCUGGUGAACAGAGCAACGCUCUCCUACUUGUACUCGUCAUUAUAAGAGACGAAUAGAACAAGAGAAUUAUAGAAGACCGUGAGGAGCAGAUAGGAUAAUCAGCCCCAAGCCGCAGAGAGCGGAAGCAGAACGCGUCGUAUACUACAAACAAGAAUCCUCUUGGAAAGCAAUUUGAUAAUCAUCUUGAUCUUCGAAUUGACGACAUUCGUGAUAAGAAUGAGACGCGUAGUCGGCGCCGCAGCACUGAUGACCCUGCAGGGGACGGGCUGGGGAGUCGAGGCAGAGAAACGCGACGCAAUCGACCCUCACGAAAUACAGCCCGAGCAGCAGUUUGACGAGGUCUCAUCUUCGUCGGGCGCAACGCCAAACCACAGAAGUCAGCCGCGGGAUCUGACCAGCGGCACUUCCUCGUCCAGUACUGCAUCAACUGCAGUGCAUAUGCAAAAAUUGUCCAGCGCAUCGCCCUCUGACCGAAGUACUAGGGUAAUCGAUCUGUCUUCCGGUGGAGCAAGAGAUGCGAGUACAACCGCAUCUUCGUCGUCGUCUUCGUCAAGACGAACAACAGACGCAGAACAGCAGACGCUGUCCACAUUGUCCUCCUCUGCUGCAGCACGGCGUACUGAAGACUCAACUAGCAGCGGCGCUAAUGGCGAGCUAUUGGCAGCAAGUGGUGGGGAGCCUCCGUCUUCUGAAAAGCAGGAGUUGUCGUUCGCGGAUCGAGUCCGAAGGCGUGCUGAGUCUAUCAACGAGAAGCGAUACGGCGCAAAAAGCCUUCAUCUGCUAGAUGACUUUGGCAUGAGCAGGUAUAGAGUUUUCGUAUUUACAUGUAGUUCUUCACAGACAUCGCUUUUCUACCUCGCAGAGGUUGAUCGAUGAAAAUAAUAGGAUGACUUUUAUGUCGCAACACCUUGAUUGCCGGCUAUAUUUUUCAAUAUUGUGUUGUGUCCGGUGGUCUUUCUCUACAGAAUGCUUGCGUGCGUGGUUAUCCGCACGUGGAAGCAAUAACAUCGACAUCAAUUCUCUUGACUCCUCUACAGCGCACGAGACCUCCAGGGUGUUCAGGCGCAGUAUUGUCUAGUGUCUGCCAACGGUUUGACGCAGCAUUUGCGAAAUUGUUUGCAGACGUGUCAUGUUAUCGACAACGUCAUCGAACCCCGAUUCAGUCAGUUUGAAGCGUACUUCCCUAAUUUUCUUUCCAUUGAUUAGGUCCAGCGACGCUUAAAACACAAAAAAAAACAACCGGUUAGUUUUCUUUCAUGUAUGCUACUCUAUUCCCUCCAUCCAAUCCAUUGAUUUCAUAUCGUUAAUUCACAUUUCUUUUAUGGAAGUUACACUUUUGUUUAUUCCACUCAGAUUCUGUCAAGAGGCUGCUGACGAUCCGGAUUGGCCGCAAAUUUGCUUCGACUUUAACGAAUGCGUCCUCGGUUGUACGAUAUCAAAGGAAAUCACAAAGGGCAAGACGCUGAAUCUCGUACUUUUUUUUGCUGAGCAUGAAUAUUUCUGUUGUUGUAUUGAAUUUGCAGUGUAGGACUUCAUCCUGUAAGCCACAUCUAGAAGUUGCCUACGUUGUAUUCUUUCUUCAUCGAAUAUCUUCGUGGUGCUUCGUACCUUUCAUUACACCUAUAUUACGAACACACAAUUAUCGACCAGAUCAAGGACGGCGAGCGGCAGGACUACAUAUCGCGCGUUGAUCCAGGCAACGUCGAGGCAGAACAAAAGUGCGACAUAGAAAAGUGUCGUUCCUACUGCGUCCGGCAGAGACUCAAUACGUGCCACGAGAUAGGGUAGGAGCAGACUAGAUUUCAUUUGAGAACGCAGUUUGCUGUAAAAUUAGCUUUUCCAGAUAAGAAAUCUACAACCGAUGUGGUUAUUUUUGAUGAGUAGAUGUACUUUGGACCAGUGAGAAGUAUCACAGAAUUGUCUCUACGUCUGUUCUCAGGUACACAGCCGCUUGUACGGCCGGACAGCGAGGUCAAUACCUUCCUUGCAACGUCGAUUGUAGUAGCGCAGUGAGACUGCAAAGGUUGGCCUUGUUGUUGCCGCUUGGAUUCUUCUACUUGGUGCUUGGCGUGUUCUUCUAA